AUGAGCGUCGCGCUGCAGGAGAUGGGCGGCGGCGGCAACAUGGUGGAUUACAAACGCGCCACGCUGCGGGAUGAAGACGCACCCGAGACCCCCGUAGAGGGCGGGGCCUCCCCGGACGCCGUGGAGGUGGGCAAGGGGGUCAUCCCUGUCUCACCAGGCCCCCGCCCUGGCAUGACGGCCGGCACACCCGGGAGCUCUGGGUUGCCCUGGAGGGUCACCUGCCCCCACCUCCGCUCCAUCUCUGGCCUCUGCGCUAGGACUAUGGUGGGAUUCCGGAAGAGGACAAGACACCUCUUGGGCUCGCACACCCAGCUGGAGCUGGUCUUGGCUGGUGUCUCUCUACUGCUGGCUGCACUGCUUCUGGGUUGCUUGGUGGCCCUGUGGGUCCAGUACCACAGAGACCCAUCCCACAGCACUUGCCUCACGGAGGCCUGCAUUCGAGUGGCCGGAAAAAUCCUGGAGUCCCUGGACCGUGGGGUGAGCCCCUGUGAGGACUUUUACCAGUUCUCCUGCGGAGGCUGGAUUCGAAGAAACCCUCUGCCUGAUGGGCGUUCUCGCUGGAACACCUUCAACAGCCUCUGGGACCAGAACCAGGCCAUACUGAAGCACCUGCUUGAAAACACCACCUUCAACUCCAGCAGUGAAGCUGAGCGGAAGACACAGCGCUUCUACCUCUCCUGCCUACAAGUGGAGCGCAUUGAAGAGCUGGGAGCCCAGCCGCUGCGAGACCUCAUUGACAAGAUUGGUGGUUGGAACGUUACGGGGCCCUGGGACCAGGACAACUUCAUGGAGGUGCUGAAGGCAGUAGCAGGGACCUACAGGGCCACCCCCUUCUUCACUGUCUACAUCAGUGCCGACUCUAAGAGUUCCAACAGCAAUGUUAUCCAGGUGGACCAGUCUGGGCUCUUUCUACCCUCUCGAGAUUACUACCUAAACAGGACUGCCAAUGAGAAAGUGCUUACCGCCUACCUGGACUACAUGGAGGAGCUGGGAAUGCUGCUGGGAGGACAUCCAGCCUCCACGCGGGAGCAGAUGCAGCAGGUGCUGGAGCUGGAGAUACAACUGGCCAACAUCACGGUGCCCCAGGACCAGCGGCGGGAUGAGGAGAAGAUCUACCACAAGAUGAGCAUCGCAGAGCUGCAGGCCCUGGCGCCCUCCAUGGACUGGCUGGAGUUCCUGUCCUUCUUGCUGUCACCACUGGAGCUGGGUGAUUCUGAGCCUGUGGUGGUGUAUGGGAUGGAUUAUUUGCAGCAGGUGUCAGAGCUCAUCAACCGCACAGAGCCAAGUGUCCUGAACAAUUACCUGAUCUGGAACCUGGUACAGAAGACAACAUCAAGCCUGGAUCGCCGCUUUGAGUCUGCACAAGAGAAGCUGCUGGAGACCCUCUAUGGCACCAAGAAGUCCUGCACGCCAAGGUGGCAGACCUGCAUCUCCAACACGGACGACGCCCUUGGCUUCGCUCUGGGCUCCCUCUUUGUGAAGGCCACAUUUGACCGGCAGAGUAAGGAAAUUGCAGAGGGGAUGAUCAGCGAGAUCCGGACUGCCUUUGAGGAGGCCCUGGGACAGCUGGUUUGGAUGGAUGAGAAGACCCGCCAGGCAGCCAAGGAGAAAGCAGAUGCCAUCUAUGAUAUGAUUGGUUUCCCAGACUUCAUCCUGGAGCCCAAAGAGCUGGAUGAUGUUUAUGAUGGGUAUGAAGUGUCUGAAGAUUCCUUCUUCCAGAACAUGUUGAAUUUGUACAACUUCUCUGCUAAGGUGAUGGCUGACCAGCUCCGCAAGCCUCCCAGCCGGGACCAGUGGAGCAUGACCCCCCAGACAGUGAAUGCCUACUACCUUCCAACCAAGAAUGAAAUCGUCUUCCCCGCCGGCAUCCUGCAGGCCCCCUUCUACGCCCGCAACCACCCCAAGGCCCUGAACUUUGGUGGCAUCGGCGUGGUGAUGGGCCACGAGUUGACACAUGCCUUUGAUGACCAAGGGCGCGAGUAUGACAAGGAAGGGAACCUGCGGCCAUGGUGGCAGAAUGAGUCGCUGGCAGCCUUCCGGAAUCACACGGCCUGCAUGGAGGAGCAGUAUAGCCAGUACCAGGUCAACGGGGAGAAGCUCAACGGCCGCCAGACGCUGGGGGAGAACAUCGCUGACAACGGAGGGCUUAAGGCUGCCUACAACGCUUACAAAGCAUGGCUAAGAAAGCAUGGGGAGGAGCAGCAGCUACCAGCCAUGGGGCUCACCAACCACCAGCUCUUCUUUGUGGGAUUUGCCCAGGUGUGGUGCUCGGUCCGCACACCCGAGAGCUCUCACGAGGGGCUGGUGACGGACCCCCACAGCCCUGCCCGCUUCCGCGUGCUGGGCACGCUCGCCAACUCCCGUGACUUCCUGCGGCACUUCGGCUGCCCUGUCGGCUCCCCCAUGAACUCAGGGCAGCUUUGUGAGGUGUGGUAG